GAAGAGAGGGAGAGGGAAAAAGCUUGGUAGGGCUGGUUGAAUAGUUUCGGGUAACGUGUCCAAAUGCGAAUAAAGUGCGACCGUGUGGAAGGCAAAAGUCCUUAAAAAGGGAAAAGAAAGGUGUUCCCAGAAUCGCGGUGACGCAUGUCCAUUCCCCCACCUUUUCCUUUUCCUAUUUAAAGCCCCUUCCACUCCAACACAAACCUCAUCUACCUAUUCUUCUACCACUAUUUACUCUAUUGCUACUACAAGUCUACAACUACCAUGCAGCCUCCUCCAGCUUCCUUACCACUACUCUCUGCCACCUAUCUUUCUCAUCUUCUCUUCUUCCUAUCUAUUCUCUGGUUCUUCUUGUUGUAUUUGAUUCAAUGGCGUCAAACCAGGAACAAGCACCUCCCACCUGGUUCCAUGGGUUGGCCUUACAUAGGCGAGACACUCAUGCUCUACAGUCAAAACCCAGAUUCUUUCUUCUCCAAGAGGCAGAAACGGUAUGGUGACAUAUUUAAGACUCACAUAUUGGGAUGCCCCUGUGUGAUGAUUUCAAGCCCCGAAGCAGCCAAGGCUGUGCUAGUGAGUCGAGCCCAUUUGUUUAAGCCAACCUAUCCUCCAAGCAAAGAGAAGCUGAUAGGACCCGAGGCCCUAUUCUUCCAACAAGGGGAUUACCAUUCCAGGCUAAAGAAGUUGGUUCAAGAUUCUUUUCUUCCAUCUGCCUUGAGAGGAUACGUCUCUGAAAUAGAGCAGAUAGUUCUCAAACUUCUUCCUGCUUGGGAGAACGAAACCAUUAACACACUGCAAGAGAUGAAGAAGUUUGCAUUUGAUGUGGCAAUUCUUUCUGCUUUUGGAGCUGGUUGGGGCGUAGAGACGGAGCGGAUCAAACGUUUGUAUCAUCGUUUAGAGAAAGGCUACAAUUCCAUGCCUCUCAACCUCCCCGGAACUCCCUUUAACAAAUCAAUGAAGGCAAGGAAGCUUCUCAAUGAGACCUUGAGGAGGGUGAUAGAGAAGAGAAGGGAAAGAAAGAAGCAAGAUGGGGGAUUGUUGGGAGUAUUAUUGGGCUCCAAAGAUCACAAGCUUAACCAUCUAACCGACUCUCAAGUCUCAGAUAAUAUUAUAGGAGUGAUAUUUGCUGCUCAUGACACUACUGCAAGCGCUCUCACAUGGAUACUCAAGUACUUACAUGACAAUGAAGAACUUUUGGAGGCUGUUACGAAGGAACAAGAAGGAAUUCGACGAGGGAUAAUUGAAGAAAACCGUGAGAUGACUUGGGCUGAUACGAGAAGCAUGCUGUUGACUAGCCGGGUGAUUCAAGAGACUCUAAGAAGAGCAAGUAUCUUGUCAUUUACGUUCAGAGAAGCCGUUGAAGACGUAGAAUUUGGAGGGUAUAUAAUCCCCAAAGGGUGGAAAGUUCUUCCUCUGUUCAGAAGCAUUCAUCACUGUGAAGAUUUCUUCCCUGAUCCCGAAAAGUUCGAUCCUUCAAGGUUUGAGGUGCCACCGAGACCUAACACGUACAUGCCAUUCGGGAACGGUGUCCAUUCUUGUCCAGGGAAUGAGUUGGCUAAGCUUGAGAUACUCGUCCUCCUCCACCACCUCACCACCACUUACAGGUGGAAGGUUGUUGGUGAGGACGAUGGAAUAAAAUACGGUCCAUUUCCGGUGCCGAAGGGAGGAUUGCCUGUAAGGGUGAUUCCUAGGAACAACUGAUCGAUGGAACAUGAUUCAAAGGGCUGUGAGAGAGAGACAGAGGGUUUCAAUCCAAUGGAAUUAAUAACCAAUCUUCUACUUUAUCUUUUUCUUAUAUAUUGUAUCAGAUGUUUUCAAGUUACAGACAGUGAUGUGUGGUGCAAUGGUGUUGGUUAAUUAGAGUGCGUACAAGUGUAGAUAAAACAAAUAAAGUAAGAAAGAAACGAAGUGUAAUUUCGUUUUUUGCA